UAGGAGUGUGCUGCACAAGAUGUUAUUGCUGUGACAUCGUGAAGAUCAACUCAUGGAUGUGCUGAUGAUUAGGUGGUAUAAAAACAGACAAACUGGAGUCAGCCACUUUAUUCCAGACUGGUGAUACGUGACUCUGAAGGGGCCAUUGACUUCUUGUGUGGCCUCUUCUACCUCAUCGCUCAGGUCUUCAAUGGUGGCACACAAUCCUAGCUGUUUCAUCUUCUUCCCACCACGUGGCUCUGCCUCACUCAGCUCACAUGUGAUCACACACAAUGAGUCUGCUACCCUUUCCCCUGACCGUGACAGUUAACUCAAGACCAGGGUUCACAUCCAAGGCUCACUGGUGGCCACACACCCAGAUCCAGCAGCAGGGACACACAGUGGAGAUGCUCUUUAAGUGUUGUGUCUGUGCCCCUCUCUCAUAUGCUGCUGUUAUAUCCAACUUCCUUACAUAAUCCUACCCCUUUAGACAGUCUGUGGCAUUACCUGAGCGAUGAGUUCUUCUCAGGUUCUGACCCAGGUUGUCAUAAUAUUCAGUAAAAGCAUUUGCAUUAGUUUAUGAGUAUUUCCUUCAGAUGUUCUGGUUACAGACUGUUCUGUUGGCUACCCACUUUUGAGAUGCCCUUCAUUUUCCCCCCAUGACACAUUGCCACACUCAUUUAAUACAAUCAUUUCAAAUGCCAAUACCAAACUCCAAGACCUCUAGUGCUCAUGGCUGAACAGAAAGUCAAGAAGAGCGUUGGCAAGCAGCAACACCUUCAGUGCAUUGAGGAGCAACUCAGCCCGAUGACACCCACUUGUGGCACAACAGAGAAUGUUCCUCUUGGUCAUCUUGGCUGUGGUUUCCUCUGUAGCUGACAGUAAUAAUAUGGCAGUCACUUACACACCACAGACGAUCUGCACACUGGAAGGAUCAACAGUGAGGAUUAACUGUAAAUAUGACCAUCCAGCAGAGUUUACAAUCCAAUUGGAAGCCUGGUUUUAUGAUCAUAAUAAAGAUAACGUAUAUCCUAAAGAUGGAACCAUCGUGUAUCAUACAAACAGAAGUCAAGUGCCCAGCAGUUACACAAACCGAGUUCAGUUCUUUGGGAACAAAAACAAGAUUUGUGAUGUAAAGAUCAGUAAUGUGAGCAGACAGGAGAGCGGCGAGUACAAGUUUAGAUUUGAGGGAACAGAUAACUGGACACAAAAGCCAGGAGUCAGCGUGACAAUCACAGGUCUAAUCAUUCAAACAACACCAGAGACAAUAAAAGAAAAUGACACGGUUACCCUGAGCUGCAGAGCCAACUGCAGUCUCAACAACACAGUCUUCUCCUGGUUCAGAAAUGGACGACCUUUAAAUGAGACCUCCAAGGAUUUGCAGAUUCAGAGAGUCUCCACUGAGGACAGCGUCAGUUACUCCUGUCGGGCUGGAAACAUCACAUCACCAGAACGUCUUCUCGAUGUGCAGUUCGCCCCCAAGAAUGCAGUCAUCACAGGACAGCCCCCUGCUUGUAUAGAAGGGACAUCAGUGACUUUAAACUGCACAGCCUUAGCAAACCCAUCCAGCAACUACACCUGGGUCAAGGAGAACAGCAGCCAAGUCGGAUCAGGAGAACAACUGCACAUCAAUGAGUUUAAAAGGAGUCACGACGGCUCUUAUCACUGUGAAGCUACAAACGCCCACGGGAUGGCAAAGUCUGCAGCUAUCACCCUGACAAUAAACGGGGAUGUGAGUUGUUCAGGGACACGGAAUCUGUAUACUGCACUCUAUGCCUUGCUGGGUGUUGCUGUCCUAGUAUUACUGGCACUGGGAGUGUUCAUAUUUGUAAGGUAA